UUUCUUACAGAUAUAAUCCAUAUAAUUACAAGCUCUUUGGGAUCCACAAUUUUUAAGCAUGUAAAGAGGUCCCAAGACCAAAAAGUUUGAAAACCACUGCUCUAAAUAAAUCCUGUGUCUCUCUGUCUUGGCUUCCUCUCUUCUCACCUUAGCUCUUGAUGCUCUUACUGCCAACAGUGACCUUGCCCUCGUUAAAAAAUCUUCCCCAUUCUUUAAGAUCCGUGUUACACUCUAUCUCCUUGUCCCUGAUCACCCCAAGCAGAAGCCUUCCCUCCUUAUCUUUGAACUGCCCCAUCAGUCAUUUAUCUGCCUGUUAUGGUCUGUAGUUGUCUCCUUAUUAAAUGUGAACUCCUUGAGACUCAGUGUUUGACCCUUACCCAUUUCAACCAGUAAAUAGUGCCAUAUACUGUAUAUGCGUCAAGUAUCUUAGACUACAAGGAUGGGAGAGAGGUUUGCUGUUUAUUUUCUGUUUAAAUGAACAUUGUUUAAAAAUGUAUGAUCACUAAUUUUCAGGAAUAAGAUAAGGUAUGUAGAUUGUUCAGGAAGAGUUGAGGUGCUGUUCUACCAAAUAGCAGUCUUAUUGAUUAGAGAGAGAGAAAAAAAAUGUGUGUAUGUAUCUGAUGUCCUCGGGAUACUUACAUUUAUUUGAUUAGAGUUGGCAUUCAAUUUUUUAAAAAUAUUCUAAUAAUGUUGCUAUUUCCUGUCAAUUUAGCCCAACAUAUCCCAGCUUUGGAAGGAUACAUUUUAUUCUUUCAAACUAAUUUAAUGAAAUGAGCAAAAAGAAAUUGUUUCAAAUAUGCUGGUACUUAAAUACAUCUUUCAAUCAAAUGCUCAGUAAGAAUUUAUUGAGAGCCUACUAUAUGCCAGGCACCAUUCUAUAGGCACUUGUUUUACAGCGGUGAAGGACAGCCUGGCAUAAAGAAGAUAUUCAAUAAAGGUAGACUUCAACGUUCCUUUAUUCAUGUUUUUAACUCCCUUCCCCCGACUCCGCCCAGGUUACUUUUCCUUAGUGCCCUCUUGCUCUGAAGUUUUUAGAUCCAAUUCGGCUGCCGUAAGGCAAGGCGGCAAGAUGGCGGCCUCCGCUUUUGCGUGUACUGUGAGAGCAGCCUCAGGAAUCUUACGGCCCCUGAGUAUUUUGGCAUCUUCAGCCUAUCGAAACUGCUCCAAGAAUGCCUGUCUUAGUUCUGCACUGUCUUCCCGACAUUUCAGUCAUAUUCAGACACUGGUUGUGUCCUCUGCUCCCAGACUGAUCACAUCUGUCAGAAACCUGACAUGUGGGCAGACUGCCACAGUCCUCAAUAGAGUGGUCCCCUUGCUCCCAAACGUCCUGAAGCCACCAGUCAGAACUGUAACAUACUACAGUUCAAGAAAAGGCAAGAGAAAGACUGUGAAAGCUGCCAUCUAUAGGUUUCUUCGACUUCAUUCUGGCCUGUGGCUAAGGAGAAAGGCUGGUUAUAAGAAAAAAUUAUGGAAGAAGACGGUUGCAAGAAAAAGACGCUUGAGGGAAUUUGUCUUCUGCAAUAAAACCCAAAGUAAGCUCUUAGAUAAAAUGACAACAUCUUUCUGGAAGAGGCGAAACUGGUAUGCUGAUGACCUUUAUCAGAAGUAUCAUGACCGAACAAACUUGAAAGUAUAGAUCAGAAGUUUUAUGAUUUCCCAGUUAUUGAAUGUGUAUCUUUGUGUAUAUGAUGUCUUUGCAAAGAUGAAAUAGUGUAAGACAUGAUGUAAGUUGUACCAACUGAUAUGGAAACAUGUAGUACCAACAUUAAACUUACCAAUGUUUUAAAACUUAA